GCUCGUACGUGUGAGUAACUGGCUGGUAUACUGACACGUCGAUCUUCAGCAGUUUUUAAGCGUCGUCGCACAACGUUCAACUGUUCGUGUGUCGUGCAUCAUACCUUACAGAUUGUUUUUCUGUGUGACUAAAUAGAAACUAUUUGCAGAAUGCCUGCUGCACCUAGUUCAACAUCUGUUGGAGCUGCCAGCCGGUCUCCAAGUAAAGCCAUUGCACCUCGUGCUGGCGUUGGAGGCACUGUGAGGCAGCGCAAAACCAUUACUGCAACAUCUGCUAGGAACCGCACAACUGGAACCAAUUCUGGUGGUAUGUGGAGAUUCUAUACUGAUGACUCUCCAGGAAUCAAAGUUGGUCCAGUUCCAGUUCUGGUUAUGUCACUUUUGUUCAUUGCAUCUGUUUUCAUGUUACACAUUUGGGGAAAAUACACCAGAUCUUAAAAUACUUAAAUUCAUUUUUUAAAUAUACAACAGACUUCCAGAAUGUCCAGUGGACAGUGAAUGUCUCUGAUGCACAUAUAAAAAAUAUCCAAUUUAUAAUAAAAUUUAUAAUGAACUGUAUAAAAGCUGAACAUGUGAAUGACCGAUCAAAGAUUGUUACUACUGAAAUUAUACUAUUUGUCUUUAUGAAAAAUUUACUUUCUGUAAUUUAUUUAAGUAAAAGUGUAAGGUUUAUAUAAAAUUAAUGAUUGACAAUUGUACAUUAUUAAUAUAGUAAUAUACCUUACGUUCCAGAGUGCAUUUACGUACUCACUUGAAAUAUUUUAAUAGUUAAGAUCAAUUUAAUAUAUAAAACAUGAAU